UGAUGCAGUGCCUAUGUGCUAUAGCCGUCUCUAGCGCGUGCGAUGUGUUCAGAUUUUCGAAAAAGAUGCGUCAGUUAAGGGAUGAUUUUUUCUCACGCGAAUUUGAAAAACAAAUUGUCACAAUUGCGUUAUCUAAGUCCAUGAACAACAUAUAAAUGUCGGCUUUUCCAAAAUUGUCAAACAUGAAGUACAACGACGACACUUGGAAAUUUCUUUUCCCGUUGUUAACAAAUUUCGCGAUGUCAGUUACCGUGUACUUUUUAACCAUACGCUUAAUACCGCGAAUAAAAGACAUGUUUAUUAAAGCUAACCUGUACGGAAUUGAUAUGAAUAAGAGUAGUGGUGAAAAAGUACCAGAGGCAUUGGGUGUAGUGAGCGGAUGUCUCUUCCUUAUAACACUCUUUUUGUUUAUUCCUAUACCGUUUACAAAUUAUAUAUUUAAUGAUGUUAACUUUCCUCAUAACGAGUUCAUGGAAUUUUUGGCUGCUCUACUUUCAAUUUGUUGUAUGCUACUUUUGGGUUUUGCUGAUGAUGUUUUGGAUCUUCGUUGGAGGCACAAACUCUUACUACCAACCAUUGCUUCAUUGCCACUUUUAAUGGUGUACUACAUUAAUUUUAAUUCCACAUUAAUUAUUGUGCCCAAACCUUUAAGGCCAUGGUUUGGUAUGUCAGUGGAUCUGUGGAUACUUUAUUACUUAUACAUGGGAAUGCUGGCAGUGUUCUGCACAAAUGCUAUAAACAUACUAGCUGGCAUAAAUGGUUUAGAAGUUGGGCAAAGUUUAGUAAUUUCGAUGAGCAUAGUUAUUUUUAAUAUUAUAGAGUUAUCAGGAGAUCUUUGGAAAGCACACCAGUUUUCAUUAUAUUUCAUGCUUCCAUAUUUAGCUACAUCAUUGGGCUUACUAAAAUUUAAUUGGUAUCCAGCACGGGUAUUUGUAGGUGAUACAUUUUGUUAUUUAUCUGGAAUGACGUUCGCUGUUGUUGGUAUUAUUGGGCACUUCAGCAAAACUACUCUGUUAUUUUUCAUUCCACAAGUCAUUAACUUCCUUUAUAGUGUACCGCAAUUGUUUCACUUUAUACCGUGCCCUAGGCAUAGAUUACCAAAGUAUAAUAAAGAGAUAGACAAGCUAGAAAUCAGCUGCACUUUAUUUAACAAAAACGAUAUUAAUACUAUUGGUAAACUCAUAAUGUGGACAUUUAAGAAACUACGCUUAAUAAAGUGGCAAGAGGAUACAAAGGGUGUUGUUACAUGCAACAAUUUUACUUUAAUUAAUUUUGUUCUCAUUAUAACUGGACCAAUCAAAGAAUCCACACUUACGCUAAUUUUGUUACUAAUUCAGGUUUUUUGCAGUUUAUUAGCAUUCGUUAUAAGAUACCCUCUUGCUUCAAUCUUCUAUGAUGUUUGAAAAGGCACAUAUUAAAGAUCAGGAUAUAUACAGCAUAUUGAAAAAUUACGUUAUUAUUUCAUAAUGAAAUAAUAUACUGU